CAACUUAGGCAGGAAAAAAGAGAAAAUAAAAGAGGUGGUACCUAAAGCCUAAAGCCUAAAGAUAGGAAGAAUCACAUCCCAAUUCAACUUCCCUAACUGUCAACACUCUUCAGCCAAAUGGAGGCAGCUGCCAUGGAGCUUGAAGAUGAUGUUUUCUUUGCAGAUUUGAGCAGACAAAUCUCUCUUCUCAUUAUGGACGACGAAGACGUUGAAACCUCCACCACUCAUUCCUCUUCUGUUUCGCUUCAGGCGUUGGCGUUUUCAGAAGUGAUGCAUUAUCCCAAAAUAGGUGCAUCAUCAGAAUUGAUGUAUGAGCAGAUGGGCAGAAGAGAAAGCAAAGGAACUGGAGUGUUCAUCCCUUGUUCAUCAUAUCCCACCAAAAGGAAUAAGAACAAACAACCCAAAUUUUCAUCUUCCUAUAACUACUCCAAAUCUCAAAGGCCAUCCUCCCACAACUCGCCACCGCUCUCCAAUUCCUCGCACAACAAAAACCGGCCUUCACACCAACAACUCAACUCCACAUCAUUUUCCCUAGCUAGUUAAUUCUCACUCAAUAAUAAAUUAAAAAUUCUUUCUCCCAAAAAGUUAAAUCUGUUCUAAUCCCAAAGACCUCUCACACUUCGGGUUCGAGAGAGUAUGUGAGAAAAGGUAAAUCACUGUAACUUAGUGGCUCAACAGAAAGGGCCAAAUGCCGAUGCCAACAAGCUAAGGAAUCUAUCGGCAUAAAUUAAAUAUUCUAUCAUUGCAUAUCAGACUAUUUCAAUUAUGUACAAAGGAAGCUUUUUUUUUUUUUUUUUUUUUGAGAGAGAGAGAGAGGGGUUCAGUGUAAACUGCAUGGCCUCUUUAAUUUGUAAUAUAAUUGAAGGGUGUGAUUGUGUACAAGCUUGA